AACGUGCCACUCUUCUAGUUCCUUAUUUUCACAUCUGUUUUGCAGAAAGCCUUAACAGACAGCAUGGAGGCGUUGCUUUGUUGGAAUUUAUUGAUUUUUAUGGCGAUUUCCAUAUGUUCUCUUGUUAAUGGUGCUCCAUCUGAGUAUGAGUGCUCGGACAGUAACCUGAGAGUUAAGGGAGGCACUUUGACUCUUUCUGAGAAAUACAAUGAUGGCAGUAUCCUGAGGUACCAAUGUCCGGAGGGGUAUUACCCAUAUCCUGUAAAAAAACGUAUUUGUACCAAUGGCAAGUGGGAUCCUGUGCCCAGCAAAAAACCGGUAGAGUGCAAGAAGAUCACAUGUCCUAAUCCAAGAGUUCUGGAGAAUGGAGAAGUAGAACCCUUUCAGGUGCAUUACUAUGUAAAUGACACAACCUCCUACACAUGUCACUCUGAUUAUUCGUUGCGGGGAUCCUCUACACGUAUCUGUCAGCUCAAUGGCAAGUGGAAUGGCAGCACGCCCAUUUGUAGUCGCAAUUCUGACCACUGCCCUGAUCCAGGCACUCCUCCUGGUGCCAGCAGAACAGGCCACAUCUUUAACAUUGAUGACAAAGUCACGUACCGCUGUGAUAACAAGCUGAAGCUGCUGGGAUCCAGAGAGCGUGUGUGUCAGGAUGAUGGAACGUGGUCAGGGCAAGAGCCUGAGUGCUAUGCUGAUUUCACAUAUGACACCCCAGAAGAAGUUGCACAGGCUUUUGGAGGCACUCUAAAGAAUACUCUCACCACUUUCGAGGAUAAAGGUCAGGCUGUGAAGAAAAUCAGACUGGAACAGAAAGGAAAGCUCAACAUCUACAUCGCCCUGGAUGCAUCUGACAGCAUAAAUAAAGACGAAUUCAAUGAGGCAAAGGAGAUCAUGAUAAGGCUCAUUGAGAGAAUCAAAUACUAUGAGGUUUUUCCAAAUUAUGACAUCCUCAUUUUUUCUACACAUGUGACAAAAAUAGUUAACAUUACUGAUAAUUAUGUGCUAACCGAAGAAAAAAACAAUAUCUUCGAAACCAUCCAACGUCUGGCAGCCUUUGAAUUUGAGGCUAAAGGAGAAAAAUCAGGAACAAAUAUUGAAAAAGCCUAUGGAAAUAUUUUGGAAAGCAUGAGUGUGAUAAAGGCUAUGAAUAACACACUCUUCAAAGAAACACAGCAUGUCAUAAUCAUGUUCACCGAUGGUGUUGCUAAUAUGGGAGGAAACCCAACACACAAGAUUAAUGAAAUUAAACAAAUUGUAUAUGAUGGAGAUGAAUUCAAUCGUGAACAGUAUCUUGAUCUGUAUGUGUUUGGAGUGGGUGAGAAUGCACAUGAAGUAAAAGAGAAUGUCAAUGAGUGGGUGACAAAAAGAGACAAGGAAAAGCAUUUCUUCUUACUCAAGGAAAUGAAAGAUAUGCAAAAAAUCCUGGACGAAAUGAUCGAUGAAAGCACUAGUGUGGGUCUGUGUGGACUCUUUAAAACCUACGAUGAAAAAAGUGAAAACUAUGAUCACACAGCAUACCCCUGGAUGAUAAAGUUUUCUUUGAGCCGUGAUGGCAAAUUCUCAAACUGCUUAGGAUCACUGGUGAAUCCAACCUUCAUUCUAACCGCAGCUCACUGCUUCAAGUUUGAUGAUGAACCUGGGAGUAUACAUUUUCAGAGACCUACAAAUGUAAAAGCAAAGAAUGUAAUGCUUCAUCCUAAAUACAAAAUCACAGAGAAAAAAACUGAGGGAAUAUCAGAGUACUAUGUGUAUGAUGUGGCUCUUAUUGAACUGAAAAAACCUGUAAAAGUGGACAUCAAUCUGAGACCUAUUUGCAUUCCCUGCACUAAGGAGACCAGCGGGGCUCUAAGAUUGACUGGCAGUGGUGUGACAUGUCAAACACACAAGGAAAUACUGCUAAGUAAUGAGUUUGAAUAUGUGUAUUUUAUGCAAGCUAAAACAAAUCAUAAAAAUGUUUAUCCAAAAAAAAAGGUCCAGCUCAAACUGAAAGACCAGUUGGAUGCAUGCAUAGUAGAAGCUGGAAGGGUUUUAAAUGUUUCUCAUGAGACUGCAAGGAAACUUAUUACAGAAAAUUUCCUAUGCACUGGAGGACAAGGAAGUACUGAUGUGGACGAGCCCUCUUGCAAAGGUGAAUCUGGUGGUGCCACAUUUUUGCAGCAGACGUAUCGUGCAGUCCAGGUUGGAAUUGUCAGCUGGGGACUGAAAGAUUUGUGCACAGGUCAUGUAAAUUUAAAUAUGAAGGAAAAAAACAGAGAUUUCCACAUAGAUCUCUUUAAUCCAGAGGUGCAAAAAUUCCUUAAAGAAUACCUGGGUAAUGAAACAAGGCAGUACAAUGAGGCACUACAUUUUUUGUGUGGUCCAUCUGAACUUCAGUGUUUGGAGACUGUGCAUCCGAACAUCACGGAGCAUCUGAACAACACAGAGAAUCUGAACAAUACCAACUACCUCAACAUCACCACGGGCACCUUUACUCUUUCUAAGCAAUACAAUGAUGGUAGUAUCCUGAGGUACCAAUGUCCGAAGGGUUAUUACCCAUAUCCUGUAAAAAAACGUAAAUGUUCCAGAGGCAAAUGGAAUCCUGCGCCCACUAGAAAAUCAGCAAAGUGCAAGAGAAUCACAUGUCCUAAUCCCAAUGUUCUGGACAAUGGAUCUGUGAAUCCCUAUCAGGUACUUUAUUAUGUGAAUGACAUGAUCAAUUACAGGUGUCACUCCGAUCACAUACUGCGGGGGUCCCCCACUCGUGUGUGUCAGCUCAAUGGCAAGUGGAGUGGCAGCACAGCGAUUUGUAGUAUUGACUCUCACCACUGCCCUGAUCCUGGCAUUCCUCCUGGUGCCAGCAGAACAGGCCACAUCUUUGACAUUGAUGACACAGUCUCCUACCGCUGUGAUAACAAGCUGACACUGCUGGGGUCCAGAGAGCGUGUGUGUCAGGAUGAUGGAACGUGGUCAGGGCAAGAGCCUGAGUGCUAUGCUGAUUUCACUUAUGACACCCCAGAAGAAGUUGCACAGGCUUUUGGAAUCAGUCUGAAGGCUAUUCUAAACAGACACAAGCAACAAGUUCAGCCUACGAAGAAAGUCAAAGCAAAUCUCAACAUCUACAUCGCACUGGAUGCAUCUGGCAGCAUAGAUAAAACGGAUUUUGAAGAGGCAAAGAAAAUCGUCAUGAAGCUCAUAGACAAGGUCAGCUACUAUGAAGUCUUUCCAAAUUAUGAGAUCCUUGUUUUUGCUACAGAUGUAGCAAGAUUAGUUAGCAUUGCUGAGGGCAACGGCGAGCUGCAUGAAACUGUCAACAAUUUAAUGGCUUUUAAAUAUGAAGACAGAGGAGCAAAAUCAGGAACAAAUAUUGCUAAAGCCUUCAAUGAAAUAUUGGCAAGCAUGAGUAAGGUGAAGGCCACCAAUAAAACGCCCUUCAAAGAAACCCAUCAUGUCAUAAUCAUGUUCACUGAUGGUAUCACUAAUAUGGGAGGGGACCCUACACACAAGACUAAUGCAAUUAAACAUGCAGUGUAUGAUGGAGAUGAAGCAAACCGUGAACAAUAUCUUGAUCUGUAUGUGUUUGGAAUGGGUGAUGAUGUGCAGAAAGAGGAUAUUAAUGAAUGGGUGACAAAAAGUCCAAACGGAAAGCACUUCUUCUUACUCCAGAAUGUAGAAGAUGUGAAAGAGAUCUUUGAUGAAAUGAAUGAAAUCAAUAGUGUGGGUCUGUGUGGGCUCUACAAAGAAAAAAAAGAUCGAGUGGAGCGUGAAGGAUACCCUUGGCUGAUAAAGUUUUCUGUAUCUCAUGAACUUGGCAAAGUCUCAAGCUGCUUAGGAUCACUGGUCACUCCAACAUUUAUUCUAACCGCAGCUCACUGCUUCAAGUUUGAGGAUGUUCCUGAGAAAAUUCAUUUUGAGAUACCUAAAAACUUAAACUUAGCAGCAAAGAAUUUCAUGCUUCAUCCUAAAUACAAACCCAGAGGAAAAGUGUCUGAGGGAAUAUCAGAGUACUAUGAAUAUGACGUUGCUCUCAUUGAAUUAGAAGAACCAAUAGAAACUGAUAACACUAUCAGACCCAUUUGCGUUCCCUGCACCAAGGAGACGAGCAAGGCUCUAAGAUUAUAUGGCAGGGGUGUGACGUGCCAAAAACACAAAGAGGAGCUGCUGAGUAAAGAGCUUGUGAAUGCGUUUUUCUUGUCGGCUGAGAUGGAAAGUAUAUUUUUACAACACAAUGUCAAGAUCAAAUUGGGACACAAGAGAGACGCAUGCAUUGAAGAUGCCAAAAAUGCUUUAAAUAUAUCCCAUGAAAAAGCAAGACUGCUUAUUACAGACAAUUUCCUGUGCACCGGAGGAGAGGGAUAUAAUCAAUUAGACCAUGUUUCUUGCAAAGGUGAUUCUGGAGGUGCCACAUUUGUGCAGCAAACGUAUCAGGCUAUCCAGGUUGGAGUUGUCAGCUGGGGACUGAAAUACCUGUGCUCUGGCGGCUUCAACUGGAAGGAACUUGAAACAGCCAGAGAUUUCCACAUAGAUCUCUUCAAUCCAGAAAUACAGAUUUUCCUUAAAAAAUACCUGAGUGAUGAUCAAAGGGGCCAUCCUGUUCAUUUUUUGUGAAAAGCAGAGGCGUGUUCUCCUGUAAACAUGCUAUUUUUCUUUAAUAUCUUUUUUACUGUAAACUUUUGAUCAAUGUGACAAAACAAAGAAUUUUGAAUAUACAGCUCUGGAAAGAAUUAAGAGACCACUUGA